AUGGCAAACUUCUCCUUGGCUAGUUUUACAAACACCACAAACAUAACCAGAAGAGAAGGCGACAGAGAUGUCCCAUCGAUGGCUGAUUCUCUAAUCAUAAUCAUCAUCAACACCAUCACUUUUCCCUUCACAGUUAUUCUCAACUUACUUGUGAUAAAGGCUGUAAAAACGACGCCUCGACUCCGUACCAACAACAACAUAUUGCUGGCCUGUUUAGCGGUGACUGACGCAUUAACUGGUCUCCUUGGUCAGCCAUUGUUUAUCCUGUGGAGAAUUUUCCUUAUAUUCAAUCUUAGUAGCAGUAAGACGGUUGGAGCUUCUUUUAUCUCGUUUCUACUUGUUAUUCUUGUAUCUUCCUACUUUCAUCUGAUGUUGGUUACUUUCGAGAGACUCAUAGCCAUCAAAGUUACAAUGAAGUACUCAAACAUUAUAACUGAGAAGAACAUGAAGAUAGCAGUGAUAGUAGUUUGGAUCAUUGCGUCCUCUUAUGGGGUUUUAAGAAUGGGAAAGGUCAAUACAGCACGUUAUUUGACAGGGCCAGUCGCCAUUUCAUGUAUUCUCUUUCUUACUUUCGCUUACCUCAUCAUGUAUCGAGAAACUGUUCGCCACAAAGAGAAGAUAAAAACUCAACAACUGCCCCAAGAAGAUGUGGAAAGAUUUCUGAAAGAGAACAAAGCACUUAAAACAACUCUUUUUGUCGCUGGUGCUGUUCUUGUUUGCCUUCUUCCAGUUGGUUUCUUUUUUGUUGUUGCAGUUGCGGGCCUCCGUGAUAUUUUCCCCAUAAACUUACCAUUGAUAUUUACAUGUGCCAUGCUGAACUCGCUUGUUAAUCCACUGAUUUACUGCUGGAGACAAAAAGAAAUGGAAAAUGUCAUUUUCGGAAUGAGAACUCAGAUCGUGCAUUUAGACGUACAAAACCGAUAA